CAACUGCCGGUUCUCGGCAGUACUUUCCUCACGAUCUGACAGCGUGAGGAAAGUGCAGCCGAGAACCAGCACUUGCAUUUCCCUCUGAUCAGCGUGUCAUUGGACACCGCUGAUCAGGGCACUGAUCAUCAGUGCCCUGAUGAUCGGUGCCGAUCCCCGCUCUGACAACUGCCGGUUCUCGGCAGUACUUUCCUCACGAUCUGACAGCGUGAGGAAAGUGCAGCCGAGAACCGGCACUUGCAUUUCCCUGUGAUCAGCGUGUCAUUGGACACCGCUG